CCUUUUUAUAAUUUUUAUUCUCUUGGACUGGAUUGUUCGUCCAGGUUCUGGAAAUGUAAAUGGGGACUUUAAUCCUUUGGUCAUCAUUUGGUGCACCCCAAGUUAUCUGGGUGUUCUGUGCUUCGCCGGCAAACUGCCAUCUCCGACAUAUGGAGUACCAGGGCCGAGCUCAAUCAAGGCUCAAGGCCAUCGUCCGUGAAACCUUCGAGGACGAUACGACCUUCUACGAUCUCAUUCGAGCCUGGGUCGUCAUCGAUCUUGUCACCAGAGAACCAUGGUGAUUCCAAGCGCCUCAGGCGCUGGAUGUCGACAAGAAGGCAAAGCAGGAGCACCGAAAGCAAGCAGCGGCAGCUCCUAGUGGAAGGACAUAUUCUUGAUUCCUUUGUUGAGUGGACAUCCAAUAUUUACAACAGAGGAAAGGAAGAAGGCGGUUUCUUCCCAAAAGAAACACAGCUGAAUGGCUUGUUCUUCUCUCUCUCUCAACCUCUCUCAACCUCCCUCUAUCUCUCUCUACCUCUCUCUCUCAACAGGGAUCAACAAAAUUAGGGUUCGGAUUUCCAUAAACCCCUUUUUACUCUUUCUGUGCAAGUCCAAGGAAAGGAAGGGGUUUUUGGGUUUGAUCUCUUGGGUUCCGAAGACCCUUUUCUCAGCGGCAGGAUCGAUAUGAAUUCCCCAAUUUUCAAGAGGAAUCCGCAGUCUCUGAGCAAAAUCCGAGUAGCGACACCGCGCCUGUAGCUUCCGCUGAUUCGAUUGAAUUCCAGGGCAAGAAAAAGUAAAUUUCAAGGGAAGUCAAAGGAUUUUACUCCCACUGCUGCCAAGCCGCCAUGGCCUCCGAAAGAAGCAUUCGUGUAAGAGCAACAAGGGCUCGAGCUACUGACGAAUUAUAGUCAUAAUCUAGCUGAAAUUGGUGAAAAAAAUCCCAACCAGUCUCGGCCAAAUAAGUGAUCUGACGUAUCUAUCCUUAUCUGGCAAUCUCCUUAUUGGUGUCAUUCCGUCUAGUUUGGGGCUGCUUGCCUCUUUAGAAGUGCUUGAACUUUCUUCAAACUAUCUCACUGGUGAGAUACCGAAAGAUAUUGUGAAUCUGCUGUUCUUCUGCUCGACAAGAAUAAUAUUUCUGGAAACCCGUAUCUACACUCUUGCGCCAUGUUUUCUCUGUCACAGGCAGCUUCUGAUUUUCAAGGAAGAGUUGGCGAUUCACAACCUUUUGCUGCUUCACCAAUGGGAGGUCCAACUCAGGAGAGUGGGAACGGUUUCAGUCCAAUUGAGAUAGCAUCCAUUACUUCUGCAGUGGCCAUAGUUUCAGUGCUGCUUGCUCUUGUUGUUCUGUUCUUAUAUACACGGAAAUGGAAUCCAAAGUCUGGAACUCAAGGGUCUACCAGGAAGGAAGUUACAGUUUUCACAGACAUUGGGGUUCCGUUGACCUUUGAGAAUGUUGUGUGAGGCACAGGAAGUUUCAUUGCUAGCACCUGCAUCGGGAAUGGAGGUUUUGGAGCUACCUACAAGGCAGAGAUAUCACCUGGAAUCGUGGUGGCAAUUAAACGGCUUUCAGUUGGAAGGUUCCCAGGAGUCCAACAGUUUCACGCAGAAAUUAAAACCCUUGGAAGGCUUCGGCAUCCAAAUCUUGUCACUUUGCUUGGUUAUCACGCCAGUGAUACAGAGAUGUUUCUAAUAUACAACUAUUUGGCGGGUGGUAAUUUGGAAAAGUUUAUUCAGGAAAGGUCUACAAGGGAUGUGGAUUGGAGGGUACUUCACAAGAUUGCUUUGGACAUAGCCCGUGCACUUGCCUACCUACAUGAUCAAUGCGUACCACGUGUCCUUCAUCGGGAUGUCAAGCCGAGCAAUAUUUUGUUGGAUGAUGAUUUUAAUGCGUAUCUCUCAGGCUUUGGUUUGGCCAGACUUCUGGGAACUUCAGAGACCCAUGCUACUACCGGCGUUGCUGGAACUAUUGGAUAUAUUGCCCCAGAAUAUGCAAUGACUUGCCGUGUUUCAGAUAAGGCUGAUGUAUAUAGUUAUGGCGUUGUGCUACUGGAGUUACUCUCUGACAAGAAGGCACUGGAUCCCUCCUUCUCUUCGUAUGGAAAUGGAUUCAACAUCGUUCAGUGGUCAUGUAUGCUUCUUCGGCAAGGCCGGGCAAAGGAAUUCUUCACCGCUGGGUUAUGGGAUGCAGGUCCCCAUGAUGACUUAGUAGAAGUUCUUCACUUGGCAGUAGUGUGCACGGUUGACUCUCUCUCAACCAGGCCUACAAUGAGGCAAGUUGUACGGCUUAAGCAACUUCAGCCUCCAUCUUGCUAGCUGCAUUACAAGGUUUGUACUGGUUAACAUUAGUAGUCUGUAGAAAGAGGAGCUCCAUUUGUCAUAUGUGUCUGCGCAUUCGGUGCGCUUUGGAUAUUUCUUAUCCAACCAUUUCAGCCUUUGUUUCCAGCCAGACAGACAAGAGGCAGCUUCGUUCGCCAUGGAUGCAUUAAAAGAGAUUCAACAUUGCUACUUAGGCCCGAGGGACCAAAGGAGGUUCGACAUUGUAGCAUGGGCUAUAUGCUUCUUCGACAUGGCCGUGUAAAGGAAUUCAUUAUAGCUGUGUUAUGGUAUGCAGGUCCUCAUGAUGCAGUUUUCUCGACAAGGCUUACAGUGGCGAAUUGAGUCAUGGUGUAAGCAACUUCAGCCCUCUGUCUUGUUAGCUGACCAACAAGGGUUGGAUCGGUUAACAUUAGUAAUCUGUAUGGCCUCAGGUUAAGAGUAUUUGCUUCUGCACCCGUGGUCCUGUAAUAUAUAUCGUGUCAAAGUAAAAGAACGUAAUAAAAGUAUAGUAAUUUCUGUGCUGAUGUUCUGUUGCUUGGUUUAUAGGCGUGUUACUGAAUUAUUCUUCCACUUUGAAUUGUAAAAAGAGUAAUGUUUGUCACUUUUACAAAUGGGAGGGUCCUGGUUGGUAGGAAGCUAUUGGCAACAUA